ACGUGAUGUCCAACGCUCCGCUCGAAGUGUGGAGGUACUUCCACGAGGUGGGGAACGACCUGACCAAGAUCACGUGGUUCCACGCCUGCAACACCCGGGCUCUGCUGCACCAGGCGCUCGCCAGUGACGUGAUGAUGAUAGAGGCGGACAUAGUGGCGGGUCACCUAUCAGGUGCUGUUGGAGGUCCCCCACUGGCAGUGAUGGGUCACCCCCCCACCACCGUCAGUGACCUCUCUCUGGAGCAGUUCCUGGACACCGUGCUCCAGAGACGUCGGGGAAAGGGAAUUAAACUUGACUUCAAGACCACUGCAGCCUUCAGAGCUUCAGAGAACAUACUGGAGCAGUUUCUGGCAAGAGCAGAGGUGAACUUCCCGGUAUGGGUGAAUGCUGAUAUCUUGAGAGGGCCUGGGAUCGGACCGGGCAAGGAGGUGGUUGACCCUCACUACUUCCUGAGGACCUGUGUUACCAAGUUCCCCCUGGCAACUAUCAGCGCAGGCUGGGCUGUGAACCCCAACUCUUCCCAGACUUUGAGCUACAGCUCGGCACACAUAGACGAGAUGACAUCAGUGCUGAUGGACAGCCAUGUGGUGUAUCCAGUGACGUUCCCAGUUCACGCAGGGAUAGCAGCUAAUUCCCUGGACACGCUGACCUCCCUGGUACACUCGUCUACAGUUGGCACUUCUCUCACCCUGUGGGCUGGGGAGGGACAGUACAUCGACUACAACAAGCUUAGGUUGCUGAUCAACACCAUCGGCAAGGAUAAGGUAUUUGUCGACUUACCGCAAGAUAUGACGAGUAAACUGUGGAACCCCCCGCAAGAGUCGAAGGCUACCUUUGCCGUCGCUUGUUCAGCUCUCACUACCUUAUCUCUCCUUCUCUUUCUUUUCUAGUCUUACUACAAGCUCUCCUAGGUUAAGCUCACCAAACAACAUAGCUUUAGCACCAAGUGCAGUUAGAAACAAUUGUGUAGUUUUAUAGAUUUAGUUUACUUUGCUUGAUUCAUCGUUAUACAGUUUUAUUACUGUGCUGUACUCUUAUCAUUGGCACAUUUUCUUCAGUAAUAUUUAUUUACGAGUAUUAGUAUUUACACUAAUUUUUAUAUGUAAUGUUAGACAAAUUUUUAGAUGUCUCUAUUAAAAUCUUAAAUGUGUCUUAAAAUAGAUGAGAAAUAUAUUAAUAAAUAUAGUUCAUGAUGUAUCAAUUAAGAUAUUACAUUUAUGUUUUUUGUAUAUUCAGAAAUAUAAAGCCACUUAAUUAAGUAAAUAAUUACUAGUUAUAAAGAUUAGGGUAAAUAUCUGGGUAAAACAGAAUUGUUUUUAUUAGUUUGUAUGAUACAGAUUGAAUUUAAUAUUUUUAUCAAUAUAAUUAAGAUUUGAAAGAUUAAGACCAAUAAAUUUCAUACUUUACAUUUGACACUUUUAUAGAAUAAUCCUGAUUACUCAUAUUUAAAUUUAUAAGUUAUUUAUACAUAUAUGCAUGAGUGAAGCAUCAAAAUAUGUGGAACAACAUAAAAGUUCAUAAUAUAAAAUACUAUAAAUCUAUAUUAAUAAUUAAAACAUGUAAAUGAGAAGCUUUCAAACGUUUUCAGAUGAAAGUUUCUCUACCACUACCAAUAUGCCUUCUCUCAGAAAAAUGUAAAUGUGUAUUUUCUUUCUCUAUGCUCUUGUGAAGUAAUAAUUGCCUAAUUUUCCAAUAUAGAUCCAAGAUUGAAGAUUGAUGAUUUUUUAUUUGUCUUUAAACAUUUACUACAAUGUAAUUGACAUCGGCAAUAAAGACCGUAAUUGCUACUAUUAAAAAUAAAUAUCGUUAAAAUACAAGUCAACCAAUGAUAACAACUAAAACAUAUGAAUAAAUAACAUUAAUAAGUAUUAAAGUUAGCAAAAAGCAAUAAAACAACUGAAAAAUAAAAUAAUAACAACUACGGUAAUGUAUGUAUGAGUUAAAGAUCGAUAUUAAUAGUAAGAUGAAAUAGUGUUCAAUCUUAAAAUAAGUAAAUUAAAUUAAAAUUAAACUAGUGACCACAUUUACUAGCAAACAUAAAACAUAAUAAUACCAAUAUUGCUUUCCAGAUACUGGUUUAUGGAAUAAAAUAUUUUUAACCAACCAUGCUUUUUGGGCAAUUUAUUAAACAAAAUUAUUUCUAUGCAAAUAUGAAUUUUCUUGGCUUUUUUAAUUUGACAUAUUUCUAGUUGCAUGACUGUGGUCAUCCUGCCUUAGCUGAUACAUUAGGUUCUCCUUUACUCUUAUUAGUGAGCUAUAAAUAUGAGUAUAUACAUUAGGAGAGUCAGGACUUGUAAUUCAUUAAAAAUGGUAUAGAGAAAAAUCUCUGUGGUACACCUUUAAUUACUCUUAUGGUCUUUUUUCCUAAUUCAUUCCUGUUUUUCCACACUUCUAUUAACCCAUAAUACAGUUCCAUAUAUUCUGAGUGUGGGAGAAUGCAUAAUAAGCAUAUCUGGAUUUACACAGAACUUAAUAAAUGUAUCUCUAAAAAACUUUUUACAAAUAUUUUGCACGAAAAAAUCCCAACAUAGUUUAAACUGUAUAAAUGCAUUCCUGAACAGCUGAACAGGUGUAAAGCUAUUAUAAAUAUUUAUAUUUAGGGAGAAAAAUACUUGCUCGAUUUUAUCAUUAUUUAGCAUUAGGAAGUUAGCUUUGAACCAUUCCUUUACUGUUCUUGUUUGAUCUGACAAUACAAGGUUCUUUUUUUGUUAGUGUUCAAAAGAGUAUGUCAUCGGCAUAGAGUACUGUAUUACAAGGCAUGUUAUGAGCAAAAUCAGUUACUGCCACAGUAAAGAAGAAAGGCUCCAGCACCGAUCCCUGUGGUACACCAACUGACACAUUACAAAAUUUUGAUUUGCUGUUUCCUUUUACCACCAUCUGCUUCCUACCAGUAUGAUAUGAAGAAAAUAGCUGUUUACUUUUUAUACCAUAGCAAUCUCAAUUUAUACCAAAAUCAUGUAAAAUACUGUCAAAAACUAGAAAAAAUCAAUACUGUAGCAGAACAUAUGGUUUUACUCUCAAAACUAUUUAAAACAUUAUUAAUCCCAGCUUCUAUAGCUUAGACUGUAUUAUGACCAUGUACAAACACAACUGUUAUCACAAAUACAACCACUUUGUAACAUGUACCGGUAACAAUAUAGUUGUUCUUUUAGAUAAUGCCUUUAUAGAAUUGAGGGAGUUUAUAACAAAAUCUAAUACCUGAAUAAAUUGGACUA